CAGUCAGUGAUCGGAUCUCCGGAGAGUCAUGACGCGCUCCGGACGGGCGCGGAUUUUACGCACGGAAUGACCGUGAAUCGUCCAUAAAUGGGGUCCGUGAAAUGGAAAACACAUCAGCGGUUGCUGAUUUUACUCUGGGUUUUGUCGUUUCCAGGUGUUUUUAGCUUUAGUGAGUUGUCGUUCACCGUCGAGCCCAAGGACGUGGCAGUGUCCCACGGUGAGCGAGUUAUUUUGGACUGUCAGGCUCGAGGCGAGUCGCCCAUCGGCGUGCGAUGGAGGAAGAACGGCGUCCAGCUUCACGAGAGCGGCCGGUCGCGAGUCUUGUCCAACGGCUCGCUCUGCAUCUCCAGCUCAGAGCAAUCAGACGAGGGCUUCUACCAGUGUCUCGCACACAACAGAUACGGAGCCGUCCUGAGCCAAAGAUCCCGUCUCACCGUCUCCAAAGUGCUGUUGUUCAUUGCCCACCCGGUCCCUGCUGAAGUCACGCUGGGCUCAGUGGCCAGAUUCUCCUGUGCUGUCAGUGGAUCAGCGGUUAUCAGCUGGGAACUCAACCAAAGAUCUCUACCUCUGGAUUCAGACAGAAUCACUGUUUUGCCAAAUGGAGUGCUGCAGAUCUGCGAUGUGACAAUGAGGGAUGCUGGCAAGUAUCGCUGUUUAGCAACAAACAUGGCCAGUAGAGUCAGGAGCCGAGAGGCCGAGCUGACCAUCAUUCCAGGUCUGUGUUUGUGUGAGGAUGAGCAGUGA